ACUGCAUGCUGCAUGUCAUAUAUAUAAGUACAUCAGGAUGUAAAUAGAUUGUAGAUUAAUUAUUAAAAAAUCUUAAAGUUUAAAAAUAUAACAAAAGUAGAAUUAUUUGGUUUAAGAAUUAUUUGAGGAGAAAUUAAAAUUAAAAUGAUGCAAUAAAUUUGGCAAUCUUACUUGCUUAUAUGUACUCAAGAUUGAAAAGGUGUACCGUGGGUUAGGUUUUACAAAAACAUAACGAUGUACUUAAUUUUUAGCUAUGCAGUACAUAACGUAACAUCAAUUUUGUGUUCAUUAAAAAACGUAAAUAAAACAUUUCCUUUAACUUUUAGUCCAAAAAUAUACAAUAAACAUUACAAUUAUUUUAAUCAAUUACGUACAAUAUCGCAAAAUAAUGCAUGGAAGGUUUUAUUUUUUGGUACAGAUGAAUUUGCUGUCGAAAGUUUAAAAGUCUUGUAUAAUAAAUAUAAAUUUAAAGAACUGCAGCGACUAGAAAUUGUUACUGUUAAUCAAAAAAGAGAUAAUCCUGUUACAAAAUAUGCAAAACAAAAUAAAAUUAUUGUAAAUAAAUGGCCAAUUGAAGUUAAUAAAUCAGAGUUUCAUAUUGGAGUAGUUGUUUCAUUUGGUCACUUAAUUCCAUCCAAAAUCAUAAAUGCAUUUCCAUUAGGUAUGAUAAAUGUACAUGGUAGUUUAUUACCCAGAUGGAGAGGAGCAGCUCCAAUAAUUCAUACAUUAAUAAAUGGAGAUUCACAAACUGGAGUCACAAUAAUGAAAAUAAUGCCAAAAAAAUUUGAUGUAGGAGAAAUAAUAUUGCAAAAGCAAAUAGAUAUUGAUGAACAUGAAAUUAUGCCAGAUUUAUAUGCAAAAUUAGCAAAACUUGGUGCAAAUCUUUUAGAAGAAUUAUUUGAAAAUUUAUUAGAAUUAUUGCAAUCUGCAAGACCUCAAAAUGAAGAAAAUAUAACAUAUGCACCAAAAGUAACAUCAAAUAUAUCUUUAAUCAAUUGGAAUGAAAUGUCUGCAACAAAUGUUUAUAACUUGCAUCGUGCUCUUUUCGGUUUAUAUGCCUUAACUACUUUAUAUCAAAAUGUAAAAGUAAAAUUAUUUGAUAUUCAGAAAAUUAAAGCAGAAUCAAUAGCAACACAACUUGAAGGAGAAAAACCAGGAAUUGUGAUAUAUAAUAAAAAGAAUAAAGUAUUGAUUAUAAAAUGUAAAGAAAACACUUUUGUUUCUGCAAAGAAAAUAACUAUACAGGGUUCUUUCUUUUAUUGAAUAAAAUUAGCUUCAAGAUAUAUUCCUAGUGACAAUUUUAGGUCAAAGAUAAAAGUAUCCAUAAAUAAGUUUUAGCCUAAUUUGUUGCUUUGGCUGCUUCGAAAUUAUACGAAGUGUAGGUGUUGAAUGAAUUAUCCAUCUUUUAUGAAGAAUUGUUCCCAUUUUCUUAGAAAAGUGAGAUUUUAAGUUUUUUUUCGUAUUAAUAACUAAUUGCCAUUCGAUAUUUCGUAAAUGGAACGUUGUAUUUGAUUAUUCAAUAAAUAAAGAUGGCACAGCUUUUACUGAAAAUAAUUAGUUAAUGUUAGCAACUAGUUAUUAAUAAGACUGUUUGUUCUAUUUAUUUUAAAAUUAUUGAAAGAGUUAAUGAUUUACAUACACUUAACAUUAAAGUACUUUAUAUUUUGUCACAUAUUCAUACUAUCGAGAUAUUCUAGAAAUAAGGUUCAUCAACUCCAAAUGUAUUUUGGUUUGUUUUUUUUUUUAAAUAUCGACCAAAUAAAAAGUACCUUAACAAUAUAUUUUGGGUUAAUAUUGCAAUAAAUGCAAACAAUAAAACUUGAUUAACUUACACUAGGAUCGCAGUCUGCACAAUGCCAUGAAUAGCCUCUUCUUUUGGGUGAUUUUUUAACUGGUGGAUCAAGACAGGUGAAGUGGUAGCAUUUUUUACAUUCAUCACACCUGAGAUGUGAAAAAGAAUAAAAUCAUAUAUUCAGAAUUUAUAUAAGAAGUAAAUAUUUGAUAUAUUUAUAUAAACUAACAUGACGAGAUUUUGGCUGGUACCAGGCAUGUCACAAACAUUACAAUGUGUCAAAAGGUGUAGCAUUUGAAGACAAGGGUGGAACAGGUGGAGGUGGUGGUAGUUUAGGUAAUGGUGGUGACGUAAUUUCGGUACUAGUAGAUGUGGCAACAAACAUUUGAGGACUUGAUUCUGAUGCUACAUCUCCUUCUGGUCUUGGAAUUGGCUUUAUCUAGUUAAUAAAAUAAUUAUAAGAUUCUGUUCCAUCUGCUGGAGCUACCAUAUAUUCAGGUGAACCUUCCCUCGUUAUUGUCAGAUUAUUAAUAGGUUGUUGAUUAUAUACUGACUCGUUUGAUUGAAUGGGAGUAGAAGACGGAGGCUGUGGUCCAACUGGUUUUAUAGUUACCUAUAUAUAAAUAUAUAUACAUGUGUAUCAGGUGUAGUUGCACUAUUUGUUACACUAUUAAGAUUAGCGGAAGAAUUUUUUGAUGUACUAGGCGUCGUUGGCGUUGUAGGUAUUUGUACUUCUUGUGGUGGCGUUGGUGUUGAAGUUAAAUUCGAGUCAUCUUUACAGUGUCUUAAUUUACGUGGGGCUGAAGUAUCAACACGUUCAACUUCUGACCCAGAAGAUUCUUUAUCGCAUUCAGAACAUUGCCUACAUUGAAAGAUAUUGUAUAUAUUAUAUUUAUACAAUAAAUAUAUUAGAUAAAUAAGAAAUAAAUAUAUAAUAGAUACAUACCAA